AUGGAACCAUUGGCCAGCGAACUCAUCGCAUCCAAUCUGCUGUGGAUUGACUACCAGGAACACUUGUUGCGCACGUACAGAACGAUCUACGAAAACGAACAGUACGCGGACUGUACGUUGGUUUUAGCCGAUGGGCAACAGAAGGCCAACAGCGCGGUGCUUGGACUGGCCUCGGGCUUUUUUGAGAGAAUUUUCGCCGUCUCCGGAAAUGUGGCUGCCCCGCGCGAACGGUUCGUGGUGAUGAUACCGGACAUGAGUCUGCAGAUUAUGCAGCACGUGCUGCUCUUCAUCCACACCGGCGAGAUUAUUCUGCGGUCCAAUCAGAUGUCUUGUUUCGUGGACGCUUGCUCCUUGCUUGAGCUGCGGGGAAUGAAAACUGUGGGCAGCGUCAUCGUGGGGAUGAAAGUAAGUGCACUAACGAUGGCUUCACACGAAACGGCCGUUUUGGGCGCAGAAAGCGGAAGUGCCAUGCAUACGCAAUGCCUGGGCGAAGAUUGGUUUCCCGCGGUCAGUGCCGCAGACGUGGAAGGAAGGCAAUCCGAUGGUACGGUAGAGCAAUCGCUCGAUGGACUCGAAGCGAAUCGAGAUAGUCAGUACUUCAGCCUCGACGCGGUGGCUAUUAUGGACGAGGACACAACAGAGCUCUCAGAUUCCGAAGGAAACAACGAGCAACUGGACAUGUCCACCGCGUUAGCCAACAAUUCUGGCUGCAAAGCGACGACAAAGGAAGGGGACGGACGCGAUGCCGAAUCUUCCGCGUCGUCAAACUACUCCGAUCGCCUCGAGAAAGCAGUUUUUGCGAUCGUUACCGGCAAAAUGAGCUUCCGGGUGGCAGCCCGUACGUUCAGCGUGUCCAAAAGUGUGCUCUGGCGACGGACAGUUAACGAACCAGGUACACGGAUUGAAAAGUGUCCCGAACUGCCGCCGUCUCGAUUGGACGCCAUAGAAGCGAUCAAGGCCGGAGAAAAGCUGCUAAACGUUAACCGACGGUUCGGGAUUCCGCUGGGGACGUUGCAUCGUGAUAAGAUUCGGCUGUACAAUAAGGGCCACCUUCCGGAAACGGUGAAAUUGAAGCACAAGGACAUCAACUAUAAGCAGCGCGUGAGUGAGGCUGCCCAACAGUGCAUAACUGGUAUGAUGUCGCUAACGGAAGCGACACGCAGCUACUCGAUACCCACCACAACGAUCUGGCGAAGGAUCCAGACGAUACGGGCGGAUGCUGACGGGGCUACAAAGAAACGCAGCAGAUCGGUGGUUAGUCGCAGGAAAGGAACGCAAAAGAGCCGGGAACCUCCGGCCUUGGAACGGACUGAGGACAGCUUGCUGGCAACCGAAGACGAUCCGCUAAGAAUGGCGGGGGUCGCAUGGGCAGAAGAACCGAAGGAAGGAUCCAUGUCUGCUAGUUUGGCAUUGUUGUGA